GAUGACGUCCUUCCUGCUUCGCCGUAACGGCACGUGUACGGUGUUCACUUUACAGCUGAAGGGAGAAACAGCGUCCUGUUCUUCGGCCCUCCGACACCGCCGCGUUGCCUUUUAUCUCUUUUCUCCUGUGAGGUUUUACCGACUGAGCGGUGAAAAUGGUGAAGCCGCUGUACAAGGGGAAGAGCUCGAUAAACAAAUCGUCCUCCAGCAGCAACCCCGAUCGAGCUAAGGGGGCUGGAGGACACAACAUGAGGGACCGAUCCACCAUCCAACGCCUGAAUAUGUACAGACAGAAGCAGAGACGUAAUGACCGUGGGAAAGUCAUCAGACCCCUCCAGUUCCAGUCCACAGUGACUCCAGGGACUGUAGCCCGAGUGGAACCCAACAUCAAGUGGUUCACAAACACCCGUGUGAUCAAGCAGUCGUCCCUUCAGAAGUUCCAAGACGAGAUGGGCGCCGUGCAGAAGGAUCCGUAUCGUGUGGUGAUGAGACCAAGCAAACUCCCCAUGUCCCUCCUGCACGAUCGAGUGAAGGCUCAUAACGCCAAGGUGCACAUCCUGGACACGGAAGGUUUUGAGACCACAUUUGGGCCCAAGUCUCAGAGGAAGAGGCCCAGCCUGGUGGUGGAGGACGUGAAGGACCUGAUAGAAAAGGCUGCCGCCUCGGCCCUGACCUACGAUGCAGACAAGGACAGAGACCUGGUGACUGAGGACACCGGGGUCCGGGUGGAAGUACGUGAAGAAAUCUUCAAAAAGGGUCAGUCCAAGAGGAUCUGGGGGGAGCUUUACAAGGUGAUCGACUCGUCUGAUGUCAUCAUCCAAGUGCUGGACGCCCGUGAUCCCAUGGGAACGCGCUCCAAGAGCAUCGAGAACUACAUGAAAAAGGAGAAAUCCUGGAAGCAUCUCAUCUUUGUUCUAAACAAGUGCGACCUCAUCCCCGCCUGGGUCACGAAACGUUGGGUGGCUCUUUUAUCCCAGGAGUACCCGACUCUCGCCUUCCACGCCAGCCUCACCAACUCGUUUGGGAAGGGCUCCCUCAUCCAGCUGCUCCGGCAGUUUGGCAAGCUCCACACGGACAAAAAGCAGAUCAGUGUGGGUUUCAUCGGCUACCCGAAUGUGGGAAAGAGCUCUGUCAUCAACACGCUGCGGUCUAAGAAGGUCUGCAACGUGGCCCCCCUCGCUGGAGAAACAAAGGUGUGGCAGUACAUCACUUUGAUGAGGCGCAUCUUCCUCAUAGACUGUCCUGGCGUCGUCUACCCUUCAGAAGACAGUGAAUCCGAUAUUGUCCUGAAAGGAGUGGUUCAAGUGGAGAAGAUCAAGAACCCUGAGGAGCACAUUGAGGCGGUCCUGGAGCGGGCCAAGCCAGAAUACAUUCAGAAGACCUACCGCAUCCCCUCCUGGAACUCUGCUGAAAACUUCCUGGAGAAGCUGGCGUUCCGCACCGGGAAACUUCUAAAGGGCGGUGAGCCAGAUCUCUCCACGGUCUCCAAGAUGGUGCUGAAUGAUUGGCAGAGAGGGCGUAUCCCCUUCUUCGUGAAACCCCCGGGGCCUGAGGGGGAUCAAGUGGACAAGGACAAAUUGCCAGUUCAAGGACCCGCCGAGGCAGUUGAGAACGUGCAGGAGGAGCAGCCAGACCAUCUGGAGGCUUCCUCUGAGGAGCAAGAGAAGGAGCGGCAGCUGCAGAGACAGAAAGAGCAGGUCACGAAGAUUCUGUCUAACGUGAAACAGAACUUUGGCAAGAUCAACGUGGCGCCGGAGUUCAAUGAGGAAGACCUGGUUCCUGUGGAAAUGCCCGACCUGGACCUGGACUCUGGCUCUGAUGGCGAGGAAGACUGCGAAGAAGAGGAGGUAGAAGAAGGAAAAGAGGGUGGCGAGGAAGACGGUGCCGAUGUGGAGCCAGCUGAUGGAGAGCCUGUGGGGGAAGAAGAAGAAGAAGCAGCAUCAUCAGCCGCUCCGGCCGGCAACGCAAACAGCAACAAGAGUUCCCGGGAGGUGAUCCGCGAGCUGGACAACAAGAUCUCCAAGUACAAGCACUUCCUGGACCGGGCCAAAUCCAAUCGCUUCUCUGCAAUCCGGAUACCGAAGGCGCUGUCCGACAAAGCGUGCAAGGACAUCAAGACUAAACAGGCGGCGGCGGCAGCAGCGGCGAAGGAAGAAAGAAGAAAAGAUGCACAACAGAAGAGCAAGAAGAGGAAAGCUGAGGAGGACGAGGAGUCCGCCCAACAACCCCGGCAGACGUCUAAACAGAGAAGAGCGGCGGACCGCGCCACGAGGACCAAGAAGUUUGGAGUCCGCUAUUACGAAACGCAUAAUGUGAAGAACAAGAACAAGAACAGAAAGGCGCCGGCAGCAGCCACAGAAGGCCGCAAGGCCAAACGGCCGAAGCACUAGAGUGGAGACGAACGACUCCGCACCUCUAUUUACACACACACACACACACCAACAAGGUCACGCUGGUGGUGAAAGUGCCGAGUUGGCUGAAGGUGGAAUGCUGACUUAAGUGUGAAGGGUCUUCAUCAAACGGCCACUGGCUGCUUCCUCCUCCUCCUCCUCGCCGUCUCUCUGGGAGACGACUUUGCAUCGUGUCUUUUCCACUUGGACGGCUUUUAAAUGACAUUUCAUUUGUCAUAUACAGGUGUGAUGCUCUCUUGAUGUUCAAGAGAAAGGUAUAGUUUUGGGGGACUGUACUUGUUACACGCUGUAAUAAAAUACCCGUAAAUUUCCAA